AUGGCUUGUGAGAUCGACUAUUCAAUUUCCUAUCAUUGGAUAAUGGACAUCUCACCAUGGAUUUCGAUUUGGAUUUAUCUAUUCUUUUUCCUAGUCGCAUUAGAUCUUAUGAUUCUCAAAGUCAAUGAAAAUCAUCUAGCUAUUCUAAAUCAUCAGUUCUGGAAUUUCGUAUUACAUUUUUAUAUUGCAAUUUACUAUCGACCUAUUGGAUAUCUUCCACUUUUCGGUUUCCAAAUUGGUGGGAUAAUGAGAACCUGGAACAUCAACGCAAUCUAUGCCUGGAUUGCGUGGGUAUGGAUCAUUUUCACCGUAUUCCUCACAAUUGUUCAUACAUUCUACGCUAGACUCAAAACUGUUGUCAGCUCGAUCACUUUGAAUAAAAAUUCUAGACUUAUCACUGGUAGUAGUGUAGCAAUGGUUAUCGCGAUAAUUAUCACAUUAACUUGUGGCUCUAGUAUUUUGCUGGUUUUUUUGUCGACGCCUUAUGUGGUCGAGAUUAAGGCCAAUGCUUUUGCGGUGAGUUUGGGUUUUUUUUAAUUCUCAUCCAAAAAACUCAAACAAAAUAAUUUCAGAAGCACAAUAAUUCAAUAAUCUUCUGCGAUGACUUUGCAAUCAUCGACGUUUCAAUGUGGCAAACAAUAAUUCCCAAUCUUCUAGCAGGCAUCGGAAUCAUAUUACUCUUCAUUAUUAUAGUUUUCAUGUCAAUAGUUAGUAUAAUUGUAUUAUCGACCAACAAAAAAACAAGUUCCGCGAAAACUUUACAAACCAGGAAAGGACUUAUGAUAAGUUUCACUGUUCAAGUGAUUUCUCAUUCACUGUUUCUAUUUUCCCCUCCAACGAUUUGCCUGAUUUUACAACUUUUUGGAGUUCUUCGGAAUCGUAAGUUCAACAUGAACUUAGCUAAUUAAAAUUCACCUAACUAAUUAAAAUUUAACAAAUUCAGAUCACAUCUACGCAGCGAUCAUUCUGAUGGCUCACCAGGGAGUCAUCACAAUUCUAUUGCUAACAAUAGUCUUCCCCUAUACCUCCAACGCAUAUAACAGUUGUAAGUCAAACCCGAAUCCCUUUCCUAAUAUGCAUUAAAUUUUCAGUUUCAGUCAAGCGCAUCUUCAAAAUCCCCUACAAUUUCGUCAAAAAUCCCGGCAAAAUUCAAUCGAGUCAUUCGACAGCACGAACCACAACUUUUUGA